AGAGAAUGUGUGAGUCCGCUGGUGAAUAUAAAAGAGAGACUGGAAGCGUGUAUCACUAACAGCAGUGUACGAGUAGUGAGAGCUGCAGCAACGAAGAGGAGCAAAGCGACAGAAUAAAUAAGACACACAAUCUUCAUAUAUUUCAGGAGCCUAAUAACUCUAUCUGACAAAACAAGCAAGAUGUCUUCAGCCAAAGGAAUCGCUAUUGGGAUUGACCUGGGCACCACCUACUCCUGUGUGGGGGUGUUUCAGCACGGAAAAGUGGAGAUCAUUGCUAAUGACCAGGGAAACAGAACCACACCCAGCUACGUGGCCUUCACAGACACAGAGAGGCUCAUUGGAGAUGCUGCGAAAAACCAAGUGGCCAUGAACCCCAGCAACACCGUGUUUGAUGCCAAGCGGCUGAUCGGCAGGAAGUUCGACGAUCCGGUCGUACAGUCUGACAUGAAGCACUGGCCUUUCCAGGUGACCAGCGAUGGAGGCAAGCCGAAAGUUCAGGUCGAGUACAAAGGGGAGAAGAAAUCCUUUAACCCUGAAGAGAUCUCCUCCAUGGUCCUGGUGAAAAUGAAGGAAAUCGCAGAGGCCUAUCUUGGAGAGAGAGUAACAAAUGCUGUUAUUACUGUUCCUGCCUACUUCAACGACUCUCAGAGACAAGCCACUAAAGAUGCUGGAGUGAUUGCCGGACUGAACGUCCUGAGGAUCAUCAACGAGCCCACGGCCGCGGCCAUCGCCUACGGCCUGGACAAAGGCAAGAAACGAGAGCGCAAUGUCCUGAUCUUUGACCUGGGAGGCGGAACCUUCGAUGUGUCCAUUCUUACCAUAGAAGACGGCAUCUUUGAAGUCAAAGCCACAGCGGGAGACACUCACCUGGGCGGAGAAGACUUUGACAACCGCCUGGUCAACCACUUUGUAGAGGAAUUCAAAAGGAAGCACAAGAAGGACAUCAGCCAGAACAAGCGAGCCCUGAGGAGGCUGCGUACAGCCUGUGAGAGAGCCAAGAGAACCCUGUCCUCCAGCUCUCAGGCCAGCAUUGAAAUUGACUCCCUGUAUGAGGGCACUGACUUCUACACUUCCAUCACCAGAGCACGCUUUGAAGAGUUGUGUUCAGACCUGUUCAGAGGUACGCUAGAGCCGGUGGAGAAGGCCCUGCGAGAUGCCAAGAUGGACAAAUCCCAGAUCCAUGAAAUUGUCCUGGUUGGAGGUUCUACAAGAAUCCCCAAGAUCCAGAAACUUCUGCAGGACUUCUUUAACGGCCGGGAACUGAACAAAAGCAUCAACCCAGACGAGGCGGUAGCUUACGGUGCGGCGGUUCAGGCUGCCAUCCUUAUGGGUGACACCUCUGGAAACGUCCAGGACUUGCUGCUGCUGGACGUGGCUCCGCUGUCCCUGGGCAUCGAGACAGCAGGAGGAGUCAUGACCACUCUCAUCAAACGCAAUACCACCAUCCCCACCAAGCAGACGCAAAUCUUCAGCACGUACGCAGACAACCAGCCUGGGGUUCUGAUCCAGGUGUAUGAAGGUGAGAGAGCCAUGACCAAAGACAACAACCUAAUGGGGAAGUUUGUGCUUACUGGCAUCCCGCCUGCUCCACGUGGAGUUCCUCAGAUCGAAGUCACCUUCGACAUCGACGCCAACGGCAUUCUGAACGUGUCCGCCGUGGACAAAAGCACGGGCAAAGAGAACAAGAUCACCAUCACCAAUGACAAGGGCAGGCUGAGCAAGGAGGAGAUUGAGAGGAUGGUGCAGGAAGCAGAUAGGUACAAAGCAGAAGACGACCUUCAGAGAGAGAAGAUCACGGCCAAGAACUCCCUGGAGUCGUACGCCUUUAACAUGAAAAACAGCGUGGAAGAUGAAAACAUGAAAGACAAAAUCAGUGAAGAGGACAAGAAGAAAGUAAUUGAGAGCUGUAACCAGGCCAUUUCCUGGCUGGAGAACAACCAGCUGGCUGAAAAGGAGGAGUACGAACAUCAGCUGAAGGAACUGGAGAAAGUCUGCAAGCCCAUCAUCACUAAGCUGUACCAGGGAGGGAUGCCAGCUGGAGGCUGUGGAGCUCAGGCACGAGCCGCUUCAGGAGCAAACGGCCAGGGGCCAACUAUUGAAGAAGUGGAUUAAAAACUGAUCUGGACUUAAGUGGACUAAUACCUGAAAAAUAAGCUAUUCACUGGAAAUGUUUUGGGUGAUAAUCAAUGUUAAUAAUUUACAUGGCAAUACAAAGAUUAAUGCUGUCUUCAUGAUGUGAAAGUAAGAGUAAAGUUUGCACUGUUCUUUUGUAAAAUGGUUGGGUGUGAAUCCUAUAUCUACUUUUAUAUAUGUAUAUAUUGUUAUUAAAGUUUUAUAUUACAUGGGGAAAAAUGGGCUCCUCUUUUAUUUACUACUCAUUAACUGAGUUUUUUUAUUAACAUAAUCUUAAGUACAUUUCUUUUAGUAUGUGAGACUAAAGAAAUAUAAAAUACUUCUAGUGUUAAAUACAUGUACUACAGUUAAAAUAUUCUGAAUACAUUUGUGUCUCUGUAUAACACUGGUGAUGACAUUAAAUAAUAUGUCUGUGGGGGAAAGAAUCAAAUGUGCAGGUCUGGGAUUUUUUCUUAAUCUGAUGCAUAAGUCAUUGCUACAUUAUUUGUUUAAUAAAAUAAAACACAAGUAGCUGACGUUUGUGUUGCAACUCAUUAAAAUUCAGUGUAGGAUAUUGUGAUAGUGAUUAGCACAAUAAUGACAGUGUGGUGCUUGAUUUGGACAGCAGAGGUCAGUGCUCACCUCCAUUUUCUAGCAGGGUUUAGUGUCUUAUAUUUCCCACUUCAUGUAUUGUGCAUGUGUUAGAAUUUAAACCAGUUUUGUUAUAUCAGGGAAAAUAAAACAGUGCUGUGGGAGACAAAAUGACCCAUUCUGGCUAGUUCUGUCCCUGUUUCAAUCAGGUGUUCAUGCAAAAAGGUCAGCAAACAAUCCUAAAGCCCAGAGAAAGACAUAAUGCAGAUUAUGAAGGCAGGCACCAAAAUGCUUUAUAGCUCUUUAAAUAACCCCUUUAGAUAACAUCUGGUUUGUAAGAACACCCAUACAUAAAUGAAAACUAACAUGACAUCAUUACUCUCACAUCACGUUUCACCCAUAGGAUGAAUUUGAUCAUUUGCAGAUCAUACGCUC